GACGAACGAUAUUACUAGACAAUCAUCGUCAUGCUUUAAUAAUGAACAACGUAUUAUUGCCAUUAUGUUAAUUAUUGAAUUACUUCUGUUAUAACCUCCCGUCUUGUCAACUCACCACACAGCUAAAGGAAAAGCGGGAAUGUACAACGGGGCAUUAAAGGCGGACGCACAGCAAGCGCAGCUUAGCGAUGUGUGCUGUGAUUCUGUGAACAUCCAGCGAAAGGCCGACGGUACAGUUUAUAUUCUAUACACAAGACGUUCCGUCGAUCGAAUAGACCGGCGCGAAUAAAAUCCAGGAAGGCAAAGUGGAAGGCGGCCAACGCCGCUUCUCUGGGGGGAGGCCACUUGAAUGGGAUCCUCCGACUUCAAGGCAGAAGCCCCCCUUCCGCUUCGUCUCCUCCCACUCCCACAAGCAGCACGAGGCCUGGGGGGGAGACUUCACUUAGAGAGAAAAACCACGGGGACGCGCGGCAGCAGGGAGUCCUUUCGCUUCGGUCAACGCGCGGUCACGAUGUGGCUGGAACUCGCACGCGUGCUCCCUCAUCUCGCCGGGUGAUGAAGCGGCGCGAGCGAGCCGGGAGGAGGAGGAGGAGGAGGAAGAGGAGGAGGAGGAGGAGGACGGGGGCCACACCCUCCGCCGCUUCCUGACACUGAAGAUGCAGCGCGAGCCCGAUGCGGAGCUCAGUUCACGGUGUUCACGGUGGAGCGUCCGAGUGGGCGCGAAGAGAAGAGCGGACGUGUGCGCAGUGUGUGUGUGUGUCUGUGUGUGUGAGAGAAAGAGAGAGAGGGAGAAUGAGCCGGAACAGGGCGCCGCUGAUGAUGAGUAGUAUGAAAAGUGAAACCGCGCAGCGACGCUCGGUGAGCUCCCGUGGACAAUAGGCACGCGCGUGGACCCCCGCGCGUGAGUCUGUGUGACGAAGAAGCGAUCGGGAUCCGCCCGUCGGAGUGUGAACUCACGAUGCUGCGUGGGGCCGAUCGCGUGCCGAGAGACACCGGAUUCGAUUGCCCCCCACGGCGCGCGGCGCGGAGUUCGAAUCGACACACGCAGCCGCGUGACACGCAGCGUGGGAAGGCGCGAUCAGCGGCAACAUACCUGUGUUUUCCUACUUUAUAAAGAAGAAAGUCUGUGAAAGUGUCACUGUGAAGCCGCACUAUCGAUCCGGCGGAGCGGAAAUGAUCAGUUAUUCAUCAACGCGUCCAGAUCGAUCCGUAUUUAUUUUGUGGCCCCAGGAAAUCAUUGAAGGUGAAGAUUUUUUUUUUUCUGACAGUAAAAAUAUAGUUAAUAGAACAUAUUUAGUGGGAAAGUGAACUAUGCGGCUGCUUUCUGGGAUCCACACAAAUGCGUUUAUCACUGGAGACCCGAAGAGGAAUUUUGGGGGAUGCUGUUGCUUUUUCACUUUGGGUCCUGUGAGUAAUAUUUAGCUUCAGACACAACCCAUGUGUUUUUUUUUUUUUUCUUCAUUGUCCCAGAGGUCAGUAAAAGUGGUGCUGUACAUGUUUUUCCUGAGGGCAGUGUGACCAGAUCCCAGGGUUCUUUUUUAAUGUGUGCGUGCAGAGGGAGCAGCAGUGUGUUGAACUGGUCCCGCAGUGGAAUGUGUGCUUUAACCGGCCCUCGAAGGCGCCUGACGACGGAAUCAGGCUGAGCGCCCCGCUAUGGCCAGCGGCGGCUCGGGGAAGUGCUCCGGGGAGACACCGGCACCUGUGUCCAGCGCCAGCCUGCAGCAACGCAGGAGGCUCAGCAACAUCUGCGACACCUGCAAGGGCAGGAUGCAGCUGGUGGCUGACCUGCUGCUGCUCUCGAGCGAGACGCGGCCCGUGGUCGGCGCCGAGGGGCUGCCGGUCGCCGAGACCUUCGAGCAGUGCCGCGACACGGUCAUCGCGCGGACCAAGGAGCUCUCCAUCCUCACCCAUGACAUCCAGAGCCUGCUCAACAUGGGCAAGUUUACGGAGGUGGGCGACCGGCUGCUGGAGAUGGCCGACCUGGUGGUGUCGCUGACCGAGUUCUCGGCGCACGCCGCCUACUUGGCCGCCAUGGAGAUGCCCGGCUCGCAACCGGCCUUGCCGGGCCUCGUCGACCGCUACAAAGUGACCCGCUGCCGGCACGAGGUGGAACAGAGCUGCGCCACACUGAGGAUGACCGCCCUGGCGGAUCUGACGCCGCAGCUGCUCCUCGAGGUGUCCCAGAGCAUCUCGAGGAACCUGAAGACCCUGACGGACGCCUCUGUCCUGGCCAGCGAGAGGUCCAAGGACAGGUUUGCCAAGGAGCAGUUCAAGCUCAGCGUGAAGUGCAUGAGCACCAGUGCAUCGGCGCUGCUGGCCUGCGUGCGGGAAGUGAAGACAAGUCCCAGCGAGCUGAGCCGCUCUCGCUGCGUGCUCUUCAGCGGACCCCUCCUGCAGGCCGUGCACGCCCUUGUGGGUUUCGCCACUGAGCCCCAGUUCCUGGGCAGGGCCGCUUCCGUGUGCUCUGACGGAAGGGCGGUGCAGACGGCCGUCCUGGGGGGCGCCAUGAGCGUGGUCGCGGCCUGCGUCCCCCUGACUCAGGGCCUCAGGGACCUGUGCCAGCAGCUGGAGAACAGCGCCAAGACGUCCGACUGCCGGGAGCGUCUGCGCAGCUCGGCCUGCGCCGUCUCCGAAGGUUGCACCCUGCUCUCGCAGGCCCUGAGGGAACGAUCCUCGCCCAGGACUUUACCGCCCGUCAACUCCCACUCUGUGAAUUAAAGCCUCCCCGCUGUAUGUGGGGGGACGGAAGGGGACACAAUUCGGAAACUCAAUGAAGGAGAAGGGGCUUCUCUGCGGUGGACUGGCGUCCCAUCCAGGGUGAACCGUGCCCUGUGCUUCCAGGAUAGACCCCAGACGCCAGCGGUUACUAACGAUGGAUGGGCUCUUGUUAUGCCUGAUCUGACCGGAACCCGUCCGUAACCGAGAGACGGACUUCCGAAGUCACGACGAGACGGUCAUGACGAGGCCCCCAUCUGUGGGAAAGUGAAACGUUGACAUUCAGUUUUCAGCAGGAAAGUUUACCUCAGUUUUCAGCCAUUGUGAAAACAAUACGACAGGAUGUUUGACCUGUGACACGACUGAAUCGAAGGGUGUGUGUAAACUGCAAGAAUUGCGUCUCUGUGUGAAUCUGAAUGGUUCAAAGCUGCUGCCAGCGUGUGCUGUAAGUUUUACACUAUUUACCAGACUCAGCUAUUUUUUUUUUAAAACAUUUUUUUGGUCGUGCACGUACUCGAGUAUUUAUUCCAGCCAUUAAGUUUUGAUCUGUGUAGCUGGAUGUGUCACUGAACUCAGUGUAUGUGCUGCAGUGCUUUCUGUUCCAUAAAUUAUUAAUUGUAAGAACUGUGAAUUCAUGUGUAUUUUACUAAGACUGUUAAGUCAAAGAACAAUGCAGAAUAAA